AUUCCUGUAAAUCCGGUAAAUCCUGUAUAACCAGCAAAUCCAUCUCGACCAGAGGAACCAUCGUUACCUCUUUGUCCAGUCAUUCCAAUUCCAUCGCGUCCUGAAAAUCCUUGUCUUCCAGAUUCUCCAGUGAAUCCUGUGAAUCCAGUGAAACCAUUUAAUCCAUCUCGACCGUCUAAACCACGCUGA